AUGGCACAGACACCCCAACAACGACGCGCAAACGAGCGCUUCGCAAAGAACGAGGCCGCUAAAAGAGGGAAGGGGCCUUCUUCAACCAAGCCCAAGCAGGCUUCCAAGUCACCCGUCUCUGCGAGCUGGGUUUUGGUCCUGGCUUUUGUUGUUUGCGGUGGUCUCAUCCUGGAGCUCCUGAGGAUUGUCCCUGAAAUUUGGUCCACGGUGGCUUCAAUGCUUUCCCGGCUCACCGGAUAG